CCGGCACUUUACAGUGAAAAUCGCAAAAGGGCAUUAAAUUUUGUGCUCAACGAAAUAAAACGGGUCAGCGACGAUGGCGGUCGUGCUCCUCCGCUUUUCUUAUUUGGCGACUUGAAUUUUCGACUUGAUUUACAUUCAUUCUUGAAUCGUAUAACGGAUGAUACUGAUUUACGGGAAGAUUCUACGGAAUCUACUCAUACGAGUGUAGGCGCAGGCGAUGAACAUGGAAGCCUGUUAACGGUGGAUUCGGCCAAGGAUGUUCCAGGACUGAACGAACUCAAAAAAACGGCAGAUCUCAGGCGCACUGUAUCGGCAAUCGAAUUCCGACGAUCGCCAAACAAUUUUACAAAUGAUAUUCCGUCCAGUUGUGUACUGCGAAUUGAAAAAAAGCUCUUUGAUUAUUUUAAUCACAAGCGACUGCUGAACGAGUGGCAGGGAUAUUUGGAGGAUGAUCGAGAAGUGCGCAAUUUCCCGUGUCUAUACGAGCUUAACAUUAAUUUUCCACCCACGUACGUUUAUUUGUCCAGAACUUUUUGAUU